AUGGUCUCCGGCGGCCGCGUCGUCUGCGUGGCGUUUCCGUUUGUGCUUGCGGUGAUCAGUAUCAUCACGCUGCUGAUUGCCGGCCUGGCUGGCGUCACCAGCAAGUCGCUCUACAUAUUUCAGGUCAACACAACGGGCCUAUCGAUCAGCGAGUCAGAACUGCUAUCGUUGUUGAGCAGGCGGUCGGACGAGCGGUCCAUCGAGCGUCGUGUCGACUUCCACGAUACCUCUCUGCUAGCCAAGACGACGACGACAGCCGCAGCAGCCGCAGCGACGACGACAACUACAACGACGUCGACGUCGUCCAGCAGCAACAUCACGGCGUCGGAUCUCAGCAUCGGCAAGCUGUACGACAUCAGCAUCUGGAACUACUGCGAGACGCUGCAGUCGGGCAAGCGCAACUGCUCCAAGACGGGCUUCAAUUGGGCGGCCGGUGCGGUCAACGCGACCGAAGAAUCGCUCACGACCAUGGCUGCAGCGGCGGGCAAGACGCUGAAGCUGCCCAAGACGGUCAGGGCGGGGCUGGUGGCGUUUGAGAAGCUGUCGCACUGGACGCAGAUCGUCUUUCUGAUCGCGCUGGUCAGCCUGGCGCUCGAGAUCGUCGUCGGGUUCUUCACCAGCUGCAGCAAGACCAUCGCCUGCCUGACCUAUCUGGUGGCCAUACUCGCCGUUUUGACCGUGACGGUAACGGCCGGCUUGGCCUCGGCUACCGGCAUCGUCAUCGUGGCCGUCGUGCGUGACGACCUCAAAAAGUAUGGCGUCACCGCCUCGCUCAACUCGCACUACAUGGCCGUCAUCUGGAUCUCGGCUGGUGCCGCUAUCGCUGCAUCCUUCUUCUGGAUGCUGUCGGUCUGCUGCUGCAAGCCUGAGAGCCGACGCCUCCGGGGCCCUGCUGUCGCCCCGGCUGUCCGCUUCAACGACAAGAGCGUGCCGGUCGGCUCGUACCAGCCGCUCAACGACCCCAAUCACUACAACAACUCGUUUGCGCCGCAGUACGGAGCUCCACGCCAGACGAGUGGCCGGGCGGACCUGGCGUACGAGCCGUACUCGCACUCGCGGGUCUAA